CUGUUUGGAUAACGUUAUCUGCAGGGGGCGUUUAUCAGUGGACUAUAGGACAGAUAAACAUUCUGAACGUGCAACUCUACACCGAAUAGGCUUAAUGCCAGUACGCAAAUCUAUAAGACCUAUCCUCGGAGAUGCAAUGAAAUUCAGGGCAUUUAUCAUAUUCAGUUUUGUUUGUCUUCAUGACUUAUCAGGUGCAACAAAUGGUUCGUCUCAUAUCUCUCAAACUAUUGACACUUGUUAUAACUUUCAAAGUAAACGAGUUGUCCAGGUUCCGGAAAAUGCAACUACAGGGACUACACUUUUUAAUUUCAGCAGUAUAACGAACCUAACUUUUAAAUCAGUGCAAAACAAUGCAUUCAAAAUAGUAAAUCAUACAAGUUUCUGGACAAUUGAAACAAACGCUUCACUGGAUUUUGAAAAAAAACAGCAGUACAUCAUUAACAACAUUCUCUGUACAGAUAAGAAUGGACGAACAACUGACCCUGGUUUUCUUACAGUGAUGGUUCAAGAUGUAGUAGAGGGGAAUUUUACCUUGAAUUAUGCACAAAUAAACGAGUUCAAAAUAGAAAAGAUUAGCAACAGUGAGGCUAAUGUAACUGUGCCGGAGAAUACAUCAUUGGGCACUAUGGUUCUUAAUUUAACUGCCAUAUCUGUUACCAAUGAAAAUUUGGAUUUUCUUUGGAAUAUCACUGAUUGCGCGUUGGAUGUAAAUUUUGGAAAGACCCGCAGUGAGAGUAAGUUGACGUUGAGACAGAAGAUAUCAUAUAAGGACAACGACAAGAACAUAACUGUUUGCAAAGUGACUGCCUAUGUUGACAAACACCCAGAGUUGAACGCAACCUUGAAGGUUACUGUAAAGAUCGAGGAUGUGGAUGAUAAGAACCCAAAGUUUACACAAAUUCAUUAUACAGCAAACAUAUCUGAAAAUGCAACUACAAACUCGGAAGUGGUGAAAAUUAUCGCAUUUGAUCAGGAUUUUGGAAUCAACCAGACAAUCCUAUAUGAAAUUGUGGAUCCGUUAAAUUCAGCGUUUAACAUUACUAAAAAUGGCACCCAUGCAGUUAUCUCUGUUGCUAAGAGUUUGGAAAGAGAAAAACAGAGCACCGUCAAUCUUGCUGUGAAGGCUUAUCAGGCGGAUAAACCUGAUCUCCGACAAGAUUUUGCAGUAAUACAAAUCAACAUAAUGGAUGUAAAUGACAACGCCCCUGUCAUGUCACAAAGUAACUACAGUGUCAGCAUUCCAGAAAACAUGCAGAAUAAUCAGACGGUCCUUUGGGUUCAUGCAUCUGAUGCUGACGAGGGAGUCAAUGCUGAGUUUAAGUUUGUGCUGAAGAAUUGUACAUCGAACAAUUCUGUGAUGGAUGCCUUUAGUAUCGACAAGUUAGGAAAUAUUCGAGUAAAUAACAGUGCCAUUUUGGAUAGGGAGAACACUCGAUCAAUUAAAUGUCAGGUAUAUGCAGUUGAAAUUAACACUAAAGAUAAAAAAAAAUCGAAUUCAACAAUGAUAACAAUACAGGUGACAGAUGUCAAUGACAACAACCCUGAAUUCAACAACACGUCAUACUUAUUCAACGUUACUGACAAUUCCAAAGUCAUUGGAAAGGUUCAUGCUGAUGAUGCUGAUAGUAAUAAAACAACAAAUGGAAAAGUUACCUAUGACAUAAUUCAAGGCCGAGGGAACUAUACAAAAUUGUUUCAGAUAAAUUCUUCAAGUGGAGAAAUUAGUAAAAGAUCGGCGGAAUGGACGAGAUGUGUCCAUCUUCCUAGAUAUAUAGAUAUCUAUGUCACAGCAUCGGAUAAUCCUUCUGCCUCAUCCAUGAAAAGGAACUCAACUGUUCAGGUAUCUGUUGAUGUCAGGACAAAUUUGUGUCCACCCAUAAUUCUUCAGUAUGGAGACAAUAAAUCCAACAAAACAGUUCUAAUUUCCUUACAAGAGGACUAUAAAAUUGGAAGUAAUGUGGCCAGUUUUCAGGUAAAAGAUGAAGAUCCUGGUCCUGAUGUGACAUGUAAAAUCACCAAAAACGACACGUUUAGCUUGCAAAAGAAGGAAAACGGAAUUUGGUUAAUUCAACUAAGUAAACCAUUGGACAGAGAGCAGAAAGAACACUACGAUCUGACUGUGACUGCCAGUGAUACAAAACAUGAGACAUGGUUGAGGUUUAAUAUUACAAUUGAGGACAUCAAUGACAACGCUCCCGUCUUUCAGUCGAACUACAGUCUGCGUAUUAAUGAGGAGACAACGAAACCAAACAUCAUAACAGUACAGGCUAAAGAUUCCGACUCUGGGGAAAAUGCUACGAUUAAGUACAAAUUAAUUCCAUCCAAAUGGAACUCAUACUUUAAUAUAGAUCAAACAAGUGGAAAAAUUAAUCUCAAUAAGGCGGUAGACCGAGAGACUAUGGGAUCCUCGGGGAUUAUUGAGCUGACAGUGGUUGCUGAAGAUGGAGGCACACCCCCUUGUUACAGUACAGCUCUCAUCAAAAUCACGAUCAACGACAUCAAUGAUAAUGUUCCAGAAUUCUGUAAUAAUGGUCAGACUCUGGAGUUAACGUUCAAUGAAUUGGAUACAAAUAAAACCUAUACAGCAAAGGCUAUUGACAAGGAUGCAGAUGAUCAAGAUGAAAUUUUGUUCGAGCUUGUUAACGAGACUUCUUCAUUUAGCAUAACUAAACAAGGUGUAUUGUCCGUGAAGAAGACACCCCUUACGAAAACUGACACUGGAUUUCUGAUGAUAAUGGCUUACAAUAGUAGAAGUUACUCAAACAGCUCAUUGUCAAGCAAAACCCAGAAAAUCUCAGUCAAAGUACAGGAUAUAAAUAACAACAUUCCGCAGUUCAAUCAAAAUGGGUACCACAUUUCAAUUAAAGAGAACACAACUGUUGGAUCAAUGAUUUUAAAUGUGACAGCAACAGAUGCUGAUUGGUCCGAGGAGUAUGGAUCUGUGUAUUACUGGAUUACAAAUGGUAACACAGACCGUCAUUUCUUCAUCAAUCAACUCAGUGGUAGCGUGUAUUUGGCUGAUAAUGUUGAUUAUGAGAAACGAACGAACUAUACCCUCACUGUAACAGCAUCAGAUUGUAAUGACAGAAAACACUCGCAUCACUCAAACUCCACAACACUCAGAAUUACAGUUGAGGAUGUAAAUGAUGAAGCCCCUAAAUUUGCAGACAACUGUUUACAAAUAUGUAAAGUUAAAGAAAACAGGACUGGAAGUUUUAACUGCAAAGUAAACGCUAAAGAUAAUGACAGAUCUGAAAAUUUCCGCCAUGUGAUUUAUCAGUUUGUACAUAGUUCAGGUUCAUCGCAGAAUCAUUUCAAGAUAAAUAAAACUUCUGGAGAAAUAUCUGUGAGGACUGCCCUUGAUUAUGAUGCUGGAGAUCAUGAUUUUAAUCUCACUGUAAAGGCUUCAGACUCCAUCCAUUCAAGUACAUGUACUCUGUCUAUCAUUGUGGAGGACGUUGAUGACACACCUCCAACAUUUCCAAAGAUUAAGUAUAAUUUCAAUGUGUCUGAAAACCAGCCUCCAGGGACUAUAGUUGGUCAAGUGAAGGCAGAGGAUAAAGAUUCUAGCUCUCUUAAUUACCAAUUGGAAACUAGUGAUCAGAACCAGACUUUUCAGUUGAAUGCCACGACUGGGCAGAUAACUACAAGACUGUCUUUAGAUAGAGAGAAAAAACAAAGUUAUUCAUUACAUGUAGCGGUACAUGACAGCCAUGGAAAUAACGCAACAAAAAGAGCCAUAGUUAACGUAACGGUGCUGGAUGUCAAUGAUAAUAGGCCAAACUUUGGUGGCACACUAUUGACGUACAACACCUCUGAAGGAAGUACGAGUAAAAACCUGAAAAUUAGUUUUACUGCAACUGACUUGGAUAUUGGAAAUAACGGGAAUGUUACCUAUACAAUGAGAGAUGAUUAUGAUAGUCUGUUCAAAAUGAAUUCUACAGACCCAGGUGUGAUUUUGAUAGUAAAGGAACUUAGACAUGAUGCAAAGGGAAUUCCUAUUAAUUCUGAUGGGAAGGCAGUUUAUACCUUAAAUGUAGUGGCAACAGACCAUGGUGAACCUCAACUGUCAUCAAUAGCAACGAUAAAUAUUUAUGUGUCAGACGUCAAUGACUGCAGUCCAGAGUUUGAAAAAUUAAACAUGACAGCAACUAUAAUGGAGGGAAGUGAAAAAGGCUUCUCUGUCUACAGGGUAACAGCAACUGACUGUGACUAUGAUCCACAGAAUAGAAACUUAACUUACAGCAUAAAUGGCACCGAUAAAGAAUACUUCAGCAUUAAGAAAGAAGUACAUGGUGACAUGCAGGAUGGAAUUGUCAAACUUAAGAAACCUAUCAGUGUUAUCAACAAAGAAAUAUAUAAAGUCAACGUGACUGUCACAGAUGGGAAAAACUCUAAUCAGACUUUAUUAACAGUAACAGUGAAGGAUGUUAAUGACCAUGAUCCAAUAUUCACCCAGAAAAAGUACAAUUUCAACGUUUCAGAAAAUGACAAUGAUGGGAAGAGAAGAUUCAAUGUAUCCUUAGGCAAAGUUAUUGCAAACGACAAGGACAAACAUAGUUCCAUAGUGUAUAGAAUUGUAACCUCUGAUGUGGAAAACCUGUUUAACGUGACACAAGAUGGUGUGAUCAAUUUAAUUGGUGUGGUGGACCAUGAUAGUUGUUCCUCUCACCAGUUCUCAUUCAGUGUGGUAGCAGAAGAUGGCGGCUCUCCAAAGAGGAUGAACUUUACUGAGGUGGUGGUGACCAUCAUUGAUAAAAAUGACAAUUAUCCCAAGUUUAAGGCAGUUUCAUAUGCUGGAUCUAUAAAGGAAAACUCACGAAAUGGAACACCUGUCUUUAUUAACCCACCAAUUAAUGCCACAGAUAAGGACAGUGGUGACUUUGGAACUGAAGGAAUAGUCUACUCGUUUCGUGAAAUUUUUCCAGGUCUUCCUUUUACCAUUGAUCCAAAAUCAGGAAAAAUCACAGUCAAUGACUCAGCUAAAUUAGACUGGGAGAAAAAGAAGAAAUAUAAUUUAACGGUAGUUGUCAAAGAUAAUCGGGGAAAGAAUGGCUUUAGGAGCACCAAUACAAGUGUAGAAAUAACAGUGGAAGAUAUCAAUGACAACUCACCUUACUUUGUUGACCCUGGCAGCUACACUUUUUCAAUACCAGAGGAUGCUGAGUAUGGUACCUCUGUUGGAAAUGUAACAGCACGUGAUAAAGACUUGAACCCUACACUCACUUAUUCCAUUGAGGCAGGGGCUAAUGGAUACUUCCGUAUGCCUACAAAAACCUCAGGAAACAUUAUUGUUGGCAAGAAACUGGACCGCGAGAAAAAGAGCAGCUAUACAUUGAAUGUGACAGUCAGUGAUCAAAAAUACCUCGUUUCUACACAGGUUGUCAUUAAGCUAACAGAUGUAAAUGACAACCCACCCAAGUUCAAAGACUCAAUAGUGAAGAUUACCGUGGUGGAAGAGAGCUAUAACUAUAACGAUACCUACCCUAGGCUGAUUUAUACACUAAAUGCAACAGACCAGGAUGAAGGGGAUAAUAAAGAUAUUUACUACACCUCCGACUCAAACAUACCGCAAUCGUUUAAUUUAUCAGGCAACGGAAGACUAUAUCUCAAUAACAAGUUAGAUCGAGACAUAUUGAACGGUGACAGUUACUCUUUACGUGUGUAUGCAGUGGAGAAAGGGGGAUCACCUGAUAAUACGUCUGCUACUGUAACAAUUCAAGUGUUGGUGGAAGACAUCAACGACAACUCCCCAAUCUUCUACAAUCAGGAUGGAAAGAAGAUAAACAACUUUACAGCCAGUGUACUGGAAAUGUCCCCUGUUAACUCCAUUAUAUUUGUCCCUGAGUGUCUUGAUAUAGACAAAGGAACUAAUGGAACAAAAGGUAUAACGUUUGCCUUACACUGCCCAGUAUUUGCUGGACGUGACUUGCUGGAUAUAAACACAAAAUCAGGAAUGGUCUACAUCAAGAGUCAAAUAUCUUUAAAUGUCUUGCUACAAAAUGCAAAUGAGAGUUCUUUAAUACAAAUAGUAAAUGGAAGUAAUCAUGCAGUGAUAAUUCCAUACACUGUGACAGCCUCAGACAAUGGACCACAACCUCUCUCCACCAAUCUCACUCUCUAUCUCACCGUGGAAAACAUCAAUGACAAUGCCCCAGUAUUCGAAUAUCAUUUCUAUAACUUCUCCAUACCCGAAAAUGCGACAGACAAUACUCUGGUCAGUAUGAUCAAGGCUGAGGUUAUGAAUGAGACAUUUUAUCACCUGGCUUACUCUAUGAUAGAUCAUUCGGAUGUGUCGGCUAACUUCUCUGUCAAUUUAGAUGGAAGCAUACACACUAAAGGGAAUCUGGAUCGAGAAACAAAAGAUCACUUAACUUUUGUUGCAAAAGUUGUAGAUGGAAGAAUUCCUGAAAGGACUGCCUACACUGUGGUCUCUGUAACUUUGGAAGAUAUUAAUGACAACCCCCCAGAAUUCAAUGAGAGUGAAUACAAGAUUGACAUUACAGAGAACAAUAACCCAACGUCACCUAUAACUGUGUUUGCCUCUGACAAAGACAUUGGAGAGAAUGCUAGAAUUUUCUACUCUUUAACUGGUACUGGAAGUGAGAAGUUUAUCCUCAAUGCAACAACAGGAGCACUGAUAGUUAACGGCACACUGGACAGAGAGAUUGCUCAAUUCUAUCACUUACAGAUUACGGCCAGUGAUAAUGGUAGUCCCCGACAAUCUUCUACUGCCAAUGUCACUGUCCACGUUUUGGAUGUAAACGACAAUUCUCCAAAGUUUAACCAAUCCCAAUACACAGCAAGUGUGUUCGAGAAUCAACAUGAUAUUGAGAUUAUUGCUAAUGUGAGUGCAGAAGAUUUGGACUUUGGGCUGAAUGGUGAAGUUGUCUACAUGAUAGAAUUGGAAGAACACAGUCCAUUCCAGAUUGAUUCUCGCAAUGGUACAGUAUUUUGUGUCAAUCCACUGGAUUUUGAAGACAAGUCUGUCUACAAUGUGACAAUCAUAGCUGUAGACCUAGGAUCCCCACCCCUAAAUGCCACUACAAACUUGAUUGUUCAAGUGAUAGAUAAACCUGACAACAAACCUACAUUUAAUCAAAGUUUGUACGAAGCGGCUGCAAAAACCACUGACAAAAGUGGCUAUCAUCUGCUGACAUUACAGGCGGGGGAGACUGUCCGCUACAGUAUUACAGACGGAAAUCAAGAAAAGAGAUUCAAAUUGGACAGUGACACUGGAGUGAUCACAAUCCAUCGCAUGUUGGGGUUUGGUCACUCUGAGUAUUUGAUGACGGUGGAGGCCAUGGACACUAGUUCAAACUUAACAGCAACAACCAAGAUUCUGGUCCAUGUGGUUGACUUCAACACACAAAGAAACACUUCUUCUGUUCCUCCCGUCGUAAAGACUUUGACGGAGAAUCUCAACGGAACAACACAAGUGGUUGACUUGUCAACAAUUGCUUAUGGAGAUGGCUUGGAGUAUUCCAUCGAAAGUAUCACUCCAAACAAGUCGGGUAUAUCUUCUUAUUUUUAUAUCAAUGGAACCAUUCUGUAUUGUAACCACCCCCUGGAUAGAGAACAAACAGAUCAUAUUGUACUUAUAAUACAAUCAAAAGAAAAGCCAAUUACACCAAUGAACAGAGUCAAACGGAGCAGCCUUCAAAACACAGAUACAAUUACAUUGGAGUUGGAAGUACUUGAUGUCAAUGACAAUCCACCAUGCUUCCGGACUGACCUCAAACAGCCUCCUUGUUUCUCCAAUUCCUCAGAAGACUCCCUUGUGUUUGGAGUUCCUAUAAGCGCUAGGCCAGGAGAUUUUAUCGGUGUUAUAGAGGCUUCUGAUCCGGACUCCAGCAGUGCUGGUCAAGUGAGGUAUAACAUCACAGAUGGAGAUGUAAAUACGUUCUAUAUAAACCCUAAAUCUGGUCAGAUCUGGCUACGAAGGACUGUAUACCAGGACCGGCGUGACAACUAUACGCUCACUGUGUCUGCAAGUGAUCAAGACAAAAACGAGGACACGGCCAGAGUCACAGUGUUGGUAGUUCCCAGCUCUGGAUCCAUGAUUCUGACCGUACCUGGCAUGAAUGACCAGAUCGAGACAGAGAAGCAGGAAUGGAUACAGAAAUUGGGAAAACUAAUUGGGUACAAAUUUGAGUAUGAAAAGUCAUCACCACACAAAGAAGGCAACCAAAUCGAUCUAUGCAGAACAGAUGUAUUUUUUCAUUGCAUUGACCUCAAAACAAAUUCUCUGGUUCCUAUGAAUUUUGUACGAGAAUUUAUAACAAAUCAUUCUAAAGAAAUAACUGCCAUCUUCUGUCAGUUUCUGAAUGCCUCCUCUCAGUGUCAGGGGUGUGGUGACGUCACUGUACAACAGAUACCCCUUAACCACUCCAGCAAGAUGUCCCUCGCAGAGAUUGCAUUGAUCGCCAUCGGUGCUGUCAUGCUGGUGGGGACGGCGGCUCUUAUCGCCGUGGUUCUAGCCACACCCUCAAGUAAUGAAGAAGAAAAUGAGAAGCAGACAACUGGCAAUGUUGACAUGUGGGAGCUUCAGAGUAUGAAAUCAUCCAGUCUUAGUAAGGCAACAGGACAUGGAGUGAUAAAUCCAAUGUUUGUCAAACAGGAAGAGGACCAAACACCCCAGACUUCCGUAAAAGCUGUCUCGGAGGAGCCAGAGGACACGGAAGUAAAGUUCACCCGGAAGAGGUCGCCCUCGUACGAGUCCCAGGAAGUGGUGCUGGACUUCCAGGAGGACAAUGGUCACCACCAAAUCAACCACAGCAAUGCAGAUAGCGGUGUAGACGACGAGUCCGAUUCCAGCAAUUCUGGAUCCAUCCAAACAGAAAACGAGCCGGAGGCAUCUGGAUCAACUCUAAGUGGCAAGAAGGACUCGCAAAACCAAGAGACAGCAGGCCUUCAAAUCGACAUGGAAACAGGGGACACAUCAGAAGGCGGGAGAAGUGGAGACGAAUCAAUGGAUUCUGGAGAUCAACGAAGUUCAUCUAGAUUAGUUUCAGGCGGAAGCACGGGAGCAAACAUUUUGGUUAAUCAGGGUAACAUUGAAGGCGCGCCAGGUAAUGAGGCACCAAUAUUUCGCUUCGCCAUGGACACGGGGGAUACGACGGAUGACGAGAUUAGCGAUGAUGAAUCUACGGGACCAGGAGGCAUUAAAAAACGGAAUGCAAACGGGGUGAGGGUGGAAUUAGGGGAGACCCAGCCAGACCAGGGACAUAACCCGGAAUGGGAUGAAACUGGAGAAGCAAGAAAAUCUGGGUCCAAGUCUGUCUCCUUCAAACCCGGUCCUCCUGUCGUUGAGGAAUACGAGGCUGAGGAGGACGCCGUGACCAGUUUAUAAGUUUAUCAACAGAAUGACACUGACGCAUUGGGGCCAUAUACAUUGUCUAUUUUCAAUAUGGUUUGAUUUGUUCAAUGUUAAACUUGCUGUGUGGUUAUAUUAUAUUCUUUUUAUGAAAAUUUUAAGAUUAUUUUGUUAAAACCUGAUAGAGUGAUGAACAAACUUUUCAAAUUAUUGUUUUUCAUUGUUUUACAUUUUCUGUUGAUAAUUGAUUGAUUAAAUCCAUUGUACAUCCCCUCCCCCCAAAAAAUCAAUUUUGUAAUUGCCAAAUCAUGACAGGUAGAUCCUUAAUUAUGAUUAACAAUUGAUGAGAAAUUUAAAAUGAAGGUGUCAUAUUCAACUGACUAUUGAGGUUUAUAGUAAUAUACUAAACAUUUGUACAGUUCUUCUGACUUUCUAAAGGCAAACGCUAGAAAUAUCAUGGAAAACUUUAUUUACAAAAACAAAAGUUAAAAAAAAACCCGGAUGCGUUUUAUGUAUCAAGUCUUGAUUAAUCAUAAUUCGAUAGUUACAAAAUGUCUUGAUCAUCUCGAGUAGAGUAUCCAUGCACUUGUCACCUCAUUGAAAUUAUAUUUAAAUGUACUAAGACAAUGUCAAAUUUUGUACAAAUACUCACAAAAUUUUAAAUAAAUAUAUUACAGAUA